AUGGCCUUCUACUUCGCUCUGUUCAAUGUGUCCAACGUAAACAAUGAGCUGCGCGGUCAGCGGAAGGCGGAGAGGAAGGAAAGGGAUAAGCGAAGACAUUCAUUAGCGUCCUCCAAUUGUCUCAGCGCCGCCAAGGACUAUCGGCUUUUGCCAAAGUAGGUCUGGGACGGGAUUUUUCAAUGGGACGUCUUUUUUUAUACAUCGAUAUAAAACUUGCAACUAAAGAAGCCCAAGUUAUUUGUUGUCUUUAUAGACCCCAAAUCGUCCUUCAUCAGCCAGACGAAGAUGAUUACCCCCGAGUUUCGUUAGAGUCGAUAAACAACAGACGGUCAUUAAGUCGCGAUUCCGUGGACAGAAGGGGAUCUAACACGUCAAGAACGGCCAGAAUGGGGUCAAAUGCGGACCAGUUGGCCAGAGAAUUGAAAAAAGUCCAUUUUCGAUCUAUUAAGAGGAGAAGAAGCAAGGAGAAGCCAAAUAAUAAUAAUGGUAAGGCUAAUAUCUAUUCUAUUAAAGUAAUAACAAACCCGCAAGGGAGGUACUCCAACUGCAGUGCUCAGAUUUUGAAGAAACUUGACAUAGAUUGAGAUUUAUUUUUUUUAAGCUUAUAUAUAACAUUCCACACCCCCAGGUCGCGCCUUGCAGGAGCCACCGAGGUUUUAGGGUCGAAGGUUGACGAAAAUGUAAAAAUUUCUCAAUAUCUUUGGUACGAAGAUUUUUAUAACCAUUUCUACCGUAGAGGUGAAGAGAAUAAUGACAAAAAAAAAUUUUUUUUUGCACGGACCUGGCACAUAUACGACAUUAAUAAAGUGUUUUCGCUGUGAUCCCGCGUUUCUCGUACUCUCUUGGCGGUAAAAAUCGUUGAUUAUCUCGAUUGCGCUAGCAGAUUUUGCGGAAAAUUUUUCAAGGACUGCUGUGCGUGACGCGUGUGUAAAGUGAAAAGAAAAUCUGAGCCUCGCGGUUGGAAGCCUUCAUUUUUUGAUCAAAAUUUUAAUAUCAGUCUGUCGGGUAAAUAAUGUGGAUUCAAAAGCCGCCCAUCUUCGCUUUGCGACAUCUAACUGCGGUUGGAAAUUUGGUGCGUGACUGCGACGAAGCGGGACAUUUUUUGCGACAAAUUCACGUUAUUUUCCCGACAAACUGAUAUCUAGGUUACUUUUUCCGAAAAUCUUGGAAACGAUUUCAAACACGCUGUAAAAAUAAUGUUAUGAAUAUUAUUAUAUUUCAGCUGAAGAACCCAUUUGGAUGCGUCGACAGACAGUUGAUCUCAGCGACUCUUACCCCACCGAUCCUCAAAAACGAAUCUCCGAUCCAUGGGUUUAUUCAAUAGAUCUGGAGGAGAAUCCGCCUGAAGCAGAAAGCAAGAGCAGAUCACAAAGUUUAACACACAGUAAGUUAUCUGAAUUUUUUAUUGACGCUAACUUUUAGGUGAAAGCUGGUCACCCGAGUCUCCAAUCUCCAACAGCACGAAUAACACGAAUACUACACUACUCUCUUCGCCAAAACAGACUUGGCUAGCGUCUUCGGAGACACUAACCGAGUCGUCAAGUCAGCCGUCGGUGAAUAGUGAGAAAGUCUGGCACAAACCAGUUAUGGGAGUGAAUGCGCUGGAAGACUGGGACAACGAGGAAGUUGAGAGGACACAGGAGCACUUGAAGGACGAGCUGCAGACCCAUGUGAAUACCUGGCCAGAGAUGAAUGCUAAGAAGAAGUGAGCGCAAUCGUUCUAUUUUUUGUUUCUAACAAUAAGCUUUCAAUUCUGAAAUCAUAACCUUUCUUUGCCACACUCGCGGCGGCUACCCUUUAUUUGGGGCAGAUCGGGAAUCAGGCCAAUAUUUAUAUCCAAUGUUUCCAAUUUGGUGGACUAGCUAGCCAACGGGGUUACUCUGCGUUCAUUCACACCGUAGGAUAGGUUGCUCAUCGCGAAGCUCGCGACCUAGGUAGUGAUCAACGUCAAAGUGGUUGCCCAAAUUUACCGAAACACUGUCUCAUUUCUUGACUAUGGUCCCUCUCGUCCAAAAUUUAAAAAGGUCUCCGGCUCCAUCACCGCUCGGGAGCCGGAACCACACCCAAGAAUUCCGGCUCCGGCUCUAACUCCCGGCUCGGAGUCAAAGCCGCUCAAAGCCAGAGCAAUCAACCGGCUCCGGAGCAGUGACAAUCUCUGGUCGUCAUCAAGCUCGCGACCUAGGCCAUGACCAAGCUCUGACCAGAAUUUGGGACAGCGAGAAAUUUAUUUUUUCAGCGCUCUCGCUGUGUUCGAACCGCUUUUUUGAAUCUUUCAAAUUACAUUUUCAAUCAACGUGAUUCGAUGAAGGCUCGAAAGAACCUCGUCUCGCCGUUCCAAUAUCGGAAAAACUGUGAAUAUUUUAUUACUCCCCAAGCCGGGUGUUUUUGUAAACCGAGAAACCGAAUUACGGUCGGCCAGUAUAAAACCCAAGACAUUUUCUCAAUUCCUUCAGUCGGGGUGGUCAUGUUGAUAUUCAUGAUGUACUCCAAGAUGAACGGAAAAGACGCGUUCGAUCGGAAUAGUGGGUCGGACGCGGUCACGUUGAAACUGACGGACUCCCUUCAAUCGAUUCCUCAGACGCCGGAUGAGGGAGUUUGUAGUCAGGAAAAGCAGAAAUUGCUACAGUAACUGAGGAUUUUCUAUUGUCUCAACAUCUCAUUUUUCCUCAAUUCGCUAAUUAAUUCUAUGGUAACCCAAAUGUAGGUUAGAUGUAAGUGUUAUUUGCUAUAUUGUACACUUGUCAAGUGUUGGAAUAUUGAAUUCUUUUUUGAUACUCCAUAAAAAGUUUUGUGGCAGUUUUUGGGUGAAAAAUGGGCUUGGGUACCCUACUCCUUACUAUCUUUGAAAUUCAUAAUUUAAUUAUUUUAUUCAUCAUCAAAAGAUUUUUCCCGCUUGCAGGAUCCGCUGGCGUCCCACUUCUCUAAUUCGCCGACAUUCCGAGUCCGAUGAGCCUCGGCAAAGGCGCACGGCCUCCGAGAUUUCACGCCCCUCUGUUGAGAUUCUGAAGACUGAAGCAACAACCACACCUACCACUCUCCCCAACGAGUCAACCCAAUACGCGGGUAAUAGUAAUCAUCCACCGCUUAUCUCGCCUCCUAUUCCCAACGUCGCACCCACCGUUAGCCGACCAGCCGCCGUUGAAGUCCGCCCUCGUCCCCAGAUCUUGCCGGCUACAGUUGCCUCAACCCGAAGUGCCAGACCACUGGUUAUCACUCCGAUCGACUCCACGAUGAAAAAGAAAAUCUUCCGUGAGAACCUGGCGGCGUUGGCAAGACAAUUAGGGAACAAGGUCAACUAUAGGAACAAUGAGAAUGUCCCUUUCAUCAACGAAUUCAACGACCCUAGGUUGUCCUGUGACGAUGUUAUGACCCGGUCCAAUAUUUUUUAA